AUGGCCCCUUAUGUGAUCGUCGACGAUUCGGAGUUCAGAACAACCACUACGCUGUGGAACUCAGAAACUGGUCAGGCAGGGUUUUUCAGGCAGACGGUGACGACAUGUGUAACGAAUUCCUCUGUGAAUACUUCGCCGAAGCUGAGCUUCAGCUUUUAUGGGUCUGAAAUCGCGUUAUACGGCACGGGUGCGGAGAAUAUCACUGCGAACUACACGAUCGAUGGCACCAGAGUUCGCCGGGCAAUCUUGAAUACGACGACGGAGCAAGUGGGCAAGAACGGUGUACAACUCUGGAACCUAACUGGCCUUGUGGAGACUCGUCACGACAUCGAAUUCUUUCCAGAUUCUGGCAACUUGACGCUUGACUAUGCCCUAUACAAGCCCCUUAGAACUCAGCGAUACCCCAAGAGGAUAUUCAUGCUAGACAACGCGGACAACGCUAUCAAGUAUGAGGGUAGCUGGAGAAACCAGGCUGGCGUCACUUAUCCUCCUGGUUCACCCAUGUUGGAUAGUAUUUCCGAGACGAACGUGCGGAACGCGUCUUUCAGCCUCCGGUUUGAGGGCGCGACCAUCGGUGUCUAUGGUGUGCUGAACCCCAGGGCUGGGAGGUUAGCUGUAACGUAUCGAGUCGACGGGUCUAAAGUAUCAGAGACGAGGACCCAUUUCAAUGGUUCACAGAGGGUUGACGCCGAUUCGUGGCUGCUCAACCAUGAACUCUUCUCUCGCGACCUCGACCCUGGACCUCACGUCCUAGACGUGACCGUCAACGAAAUCACAGACGACCAGGUCUUCUACCUCGAUUAUAUCACCUUCGAAGCCACAUCAUCCACGAGACUAGACCCGCCAUCUGCUUCAGCUUCGUCAAAUAGUUCCAGUGGAAGCAGCAACAGCAACAACUGGUCGAGGAAUGCAAUCAUCGCGGCUGUCGUUGCGCUAUUCUUUAUUAUCGUCGUGUCUACGUGGAUCAGGCGACGGGUGAGGUCGAAAUUGUUUAGGACUGCACAGGAGAUUCGAAUGCAGGACCACAAUCGUACUGACCAAUACCCUCCUACGCACAUUGAGCAAAACUGGCAACCCCCGCCGCACCAACCAUACAACCAGUGGAACGCCCCAGCGCCUCCUUACACGCCACCAGUCUGGCAACCACCUCCAGGAGCACCACCUAGUCCCUGGGACCCUCAAAACUCGGGGACGCCCCUCUCCCCGCCUCCACCAGCACACCAGCCUCUCAGUCCCUGGCAACCUCCACCCGGCCCUCCACCAGCACCCAACGUCGCAGCCCAAGCACCUACCCAAUCUCCCCCGUUGAUGUCAUUCCCUGAACCACAAGGCGGUACCGCUUCCCCGCCCUCACCCCCACCUGCGCUCCCUCAACCGCUUGUUCCCUCCCAAGCCCAGCCUGAUGUGUCGGGUAUGGAUGGCUCUGACCAGCCGGCGUUGGGUGCUACCCUUAUGACUGCUUCGGCUCCCCAGCCUUCCUCCGGUGCUGGCCCUUCUGAACCUGGCUUCACGCCCCCUAGCGCUCCAUCUGUGCAAUCGCCUUCUCGGCCGCCUGCAGAGCAGCCUCCUCCCUAUACCCCUUCUUAA